CACUUUAAACUGAGCAGUUUGGACACACAGGGAGGAUGUGGGUCUUCUGUCCAAAGAUGAGGCUUGUGGCUCUGGUUGUUGUGUGCGGGCUGAUACUUGGUCUGGAUGGAGGGAGUCUGGCUGCAGCUCUGCCAGGAUUUGACUCUGAACAGAGGACACGGGGAACAGCAUCAGUCCUCUCUGCGCUCAGGAGAAGCACUGCAGGAGAUUUCCUGGAGGAUCCCAACCUGUGUUUCUCCCUGAGAGAGAAUGAUGACCAGCGGCAGCUCCUGUGCAACGACCGCAGGAGCAAAUUCAACUUCAACCCGUUUGGCCUUCGCUUUGGGAAGCGCUACAAUGGCUACAUUUACAGAAGAGCCGUUAAAAGAGCCAGGACAAAUAAAUUUUCACCCGUUGCUCUGUUUCCACGAGAACUGGAGGUGCCCAUCUGAAGCACAAGUGUUUCUUCCUCUGAGGAUUCUGUCCCAUGUAUCAAUGGUGAAAAAGUCACUGUGUGUG